CUGCAACUUGCACAUCAUCGCCAGCAUUGCCCACCGCCCCGGUGCCCCCUCCCUCCGCAUCGCGACGAGAGCACGCUUCGACCAUGUGGCACCCGCGGAUAUAAUGACCAGAAAUGUAGCGCUCGCCAUCGGCGCGGCAGUGCGGCGCUCGGUUGGCGAACCGGGCCUGGGACCGCUUUGGAGGGCACGAACAGCAGCAUCGGAUGCUUCAAGAGCAGGAAUACACACGGCGAGGCGGCCAGUGUGCCCCGGUGCGUGUAGCUGGGCUGGGCCACCAAGAACUGCACAAUCACAUGUCGGACCCGUCGCCACGCUCCUCCUACGACACCCGCCUCCACGACCGUCCAAUGCACCGCAAAGCAUCGCAUCGGCUGCAGUUGCAGCCUUCCAACGCAACGCGCGCCACAUAUCCAGCACCUCGAAACGGAAAUACCGCGCGACAAGCCGCCGCGAGAAGACCUCCGCCACCGACAGCUCCAAGCCAAAGGCUAAGCAACCCUCCGCACCCGCGCCCGAGGCCACCCUCUCUCCCCAACCCGAAGCGCCUCCAGAGCCCCCGAAUGCUCCAAAAGAGGCGCCCAAACCCAAUACCGACGCCGAUCACUCUGCCGACCACGCCUCGUACUUCUCCCUGCCCCACGCACUCCCACAUCUGAAGCGCCCUACAAAGGCAGAGUUGCUGGAAGCCGCGUCUGGAUUCUGGUCGCGCAUAAGAGUCCAUCUCAAAUGGCUCGCCAUCCGGAGCAACCGCCCCUUCAACGCCGACGAAAUAUACGCCCUGUUUUCUUGGAUCCUGGCUGCCCAUUUCGCCUGGCUGCUGCUAGGAACCACAACCUUCGUCAUGUUGACAGUCUUCCUGAUCAACACCGUCUUCGCACAGGAGUCGAUCGCACAGUGGAUCGGCAACUACCUGACCAAGUCGUCUGGCAUCAAGGUCAUCUUCGAAUCCGCUGUCGUGCCCAAGUGGAAGGACGGUGUCAUCUCGUUCAGGAAGGUUUUUGUAUCUCGAAGGCCAGGACAGAAGAACACGCACGUCACCAAGGGCUCCCAAUCCUCCGCAGCGGCAGCUGCCGCUGCCCUCGCGCAUAAAGAGAGGGGAGGAUCAGACGCAGCUGAGGAAGAAGAGGACACCAACUACUCGCAGUUCGACAUAUCCAUCGACACAGUCAACGUCACGCUCUCGUUUUCACGGUGGAUGAAUGGUAAGGGUAUCCUCAAGGAUGUCGAAAUCAAAGGCAUCCGCGGCGUUGUAGACCGUACCUCCGUCCACGCCGUAGAAGGCGUAGACCCUCGCUCAUACAAGCACACCCACCAACCCGGUGAUUUCGAGCUCGAGUCAUUCAAGAUGGAAGACCUCCUCGUCACCAUCUACCAACCCAACAACUUCCGCCCGUAUUCUGUGAGCAUUUUCAGCUGCGACCUACCGCAGCUGAGAAAGCAGUGGCUGUUCUACGACUUUUUGUCCGCCAACAUGAUGUCUGGCUCCUUCGACAACUCACUCUUCACCAUCCACCCGCGGCAGACGCACAACUACACCGGUGCGCAGCUCAACGAGGGUCGCGACACAGACGACGGCGCCACUUGGAAGAAACAGAGCCGCAUCCGCAUCGACGGCCUGAACAUCGACCACCUCAACCGCGGCUACGAAGGCCCCUUCUCCUGGAUCUACGAAGGCGACGUCGACAUCAUCGCAGACGUCAUGUUGCCCAACGACGAUGACGACUCGCUGGCCAAGGUCAUGAGCGACAUGUACGACCGCGUCGAAGCCACCGUCACGCAAAACCACAACCGCCACUACUCCGACCACGCGGCUCACGGCUUCGACGAGCACCACCACCAGCCGGGCCCGCACGAGAAGGAAAGCAAGGGCGAGGCUAGCGAGGACGAUAAGCGCUUCGUCAUCAUGGACGUGCGCGUGCACCUCAACGACGUGCGCGCCGCUGUGCCCCUGUUCACCAAGGACAUUUCAUACGUCAACAACGCGCUUGUGAGGCCGAUUGUCGCAUAUAUUAACACACGCAAGACGUUCAUCCCCGUCAAUUGCCGCGUUGUCAAGCGCGCGUCGGAGUUUGACGGGUCGUGGACCAUAUAUGACAGCGGGCUGAUGGACGAUAUAUCGAGAGAGAUGUACGACGCCUUCGCGCGCGACAUUGAGGGUGACAGCACCGCGCGCAAGCGCCGCAUAAAAAAGGUCGGCAUUUGGACGCUGCAGCUCGCGGCGCAGGCGCUAUUCUUGGGGCUCGCGGGGAACAUCGCGUGAGCGGAGAUGGCGGAGAUGUUUGACCUCGCCCGUUCCUGCGCGAGGCGCUGGAGGGACGAAAGCAGGAUAAUAGAUAGAUACCCACGUUGCGUUCUUCAGUACAUGGCAUGUAAAAGUAGCAUUGGCGUUUCUCUGGGCUGGGUGGGGCUGGGCUAAUGUUCCGGAUCACGAUUGGAAUGGAUCAAAAUGUAGGAUUACAGUACAUAUACACGAGCUGCAACGAUGAAUUCACCAAUGUGCGAG